AACACUGCUGCUUUUGGAAAUAGUUUAACUUAAGCCCUUCUCUCAUCCAAGCCGUUCCUUUCCACCAACAGUUCCUGGCAAUGAAGACUGGGAAGAAGCCACAAUCACAGUUCACACGUCUACCAAGGAGCUUGUCCAAGCUGGGAGGAUGUCUCCAAACAGUUCUAGUCCGGGCGCGGCCCCCUUUUUGACAAGCGACGGAGAAUCGGUUUUCACAAACACACACCACCCACGACAAGGUACCUCUUUCUCCUGGCUGGAGGAGGCGCCCUGGCCUGGGCUGCUAUGGGUUCCUUCUCUGUACUGGUUUUCAUCCCUGCUCUGUGCUCCGUGGUUCUGAUCUACUCACUUGACCCACAGCAAGUCCACAGGUGGACUUUCUUCUUUCAGAUGAGCUGGCAGACACUGUGUCACCUGGGUCUGCACUACACUGAGUAUUAUCUGCAAGAACCUUCUUCCAUGAGGUUCUGCAUCACCCUUUCUUCCCUCAUGCUCUUGACCCAGAGGGUCACAUCCCUCUCGCUGGACAUUUGUGAGGGAAAAGUGGAGGCAGCAUCAGGAGGCAUCAGGAGCAGGAGCUCUUUGUUUGAGCAUCUGUGUAAGGCACUGCCCUAUUUCAGCUACUUGCUCUUUUUCCCUGCUCUCCUAGGAGGCCCUCUGUGUUCUUUCCAGAGAUUUCAGGCUCACGUGGAAGGGUCCAGCCCCCUGUGUCCCAGGCACUCUUUCUGGGCUCUGACCUGGAGGGGUCUGCAGAUUCUGGGACUAGAGUGCCUAAAGGUGGUUAUGAGGGGGGUGGUGAGUACAGGAUCAGGACUGGCUGACUGCCAGCAACUCCAAUGCAUCUAUGUCAUGUGGUCCACCGCUGGGCUCUUCAAACUCACCUACUACUCCCAUUGGCUCCUGGAUGACUCCCUCCUCUGUGCAGCAGGCUUUGGAACUGAGUUUGGUGAGAGCCCUGGGGAGGAGGGAUACAUCCCUGAUGCGGACAUUUGGACACUGGAAACAACCCACAGGAUAUCCCUGUUCACGAGAAAGUGGAACCAAAGCACAGCUCAGUGGCUCCGACGCCUUGUUUUCCAGCACGGUAGGGCCUGGCCGUUGUUGCAGACAUUCGCUUUCUCGGCCUGGUGGCAUGGACUCCAUCCAGGACAGGUGUUUGGUUUUCUUUGCUGGGCUGUGAUGGUGGAAGCUGACUACCUGAUUCACACCUUUGCCAAUUUGUUUAUCAGAUCCUGGCCGAUGCAGCUGCUCUAUAGAGCUCUCACCUGGGCCCACACCCAGCUCAUCAUUGCCUACAUAAUGCUGGCUGUGGAGGUCAGGAGCGUCUCCUCUCUCUGGCUGCUGUGUAAUUCUUACAACAGUGUCUUUCCCAUGGUGUACUGUAUUUUGCUUUAUCUAUUAGCAAAGAGAAAGUAUAAAUUUAACUGACAUCUUUCCCCAGGCUUCAUCUUAUACACCCAUGAAACAGAAUUUAGAAAGUGACAGAUGGUGCCUUGAUGAUGCAUAAGUUUGAACUUUUCCAUAAUAAAAUGUUUUUUUUAAGUAUUGGAUGAAUAUACCUGAUAUCUUGCCAGAGUAAUUUGUGUGUCUACUUUAGCAAGUGAUUACACUGGUAUUGAGGAUCCAAAAAGGAGAAAAACGUGGUUUCUUCCCUUAGUUUACGAUUUCAGUGUAGAAGCAGUUUAAGUAAAGCGAUCCAUAAAAACAUAAGGUGCUGUGAACCAAAUGGCAAAUGGUAUAUACACGGACUUCUAAAAAUAGAGCGUCCGAUUGGUCCACUUGAUUCUGGAAUGUGAGUUUAGCAAGACAGAAACAACAACAAAACAACACUUAAACCACAUCAUAUUGGCUUGUUCCAUGAACUAGAGACUCGUCCCUAGUAAUCUGAAAAAUUUGAUCUAAAAAUGAAAAGGCUGAUGUUAUCUCAGAGAUAUGUUAAUAAACUGAAAAUGCAGCUAAGACUUGAUAACCACUUACAGAAUUGUUAAAUACAAAACUGAUUCAUGAACUAUGUCACAUGAAGAGCCCCAUAACGAGAAGUAAGCACUGUCUUAGUACAACUUUGAGGGUCUGGUUCCUUUUUCUCAGCAUAUCCUAAAUAACUCCCUGUUCUGUGAGGGCUUAAAAUACACUGAGAGGAAGAUGUCAGCACCUCCAAGUUACAGUGAAGCAAUGUCAUUUAACUAGCACUUUCACUGUACUACUCCAUCUGCAGGCCACCUGGACUAUUAUGUAAUUAUUAGUUUUCUUCAAAUCAACUUUAACUCAACUUCCUUUAAAAAACCUUCCAUCUUUUUAAGAACUGGCAUUGGUGAAAAUUGGGUUUAAUAUACUAAUUAUAUUUUAUUCUAGUACUCACUAAAUGAAACACAUACUUGCUUAAAUUAAAGAUGUUUUUUUGUGUACUGCUUAAAAUCAUGUGCCUACCCAGAUAACAUCUCCUCUACCAUAGGAAGCAUUGUACAAAUAUCUAAGCUUCCUAAACCAAUCAUUUUCAUCCUUCUCAAAAUAUCAGAUUGUAAGCUUUUACUAUUUAAAGCCUGACAAAAAUGCUACUAAGUUAGAAGUCACAGAUCACUUAGAAAGUUAUAGGCCAAUAUCACUCACUACCAUUAAGGAAGCAAACAGCCCGGUCUUAGCACACAGAGCAUAACACAGCAAGCAGCGAGGACCUGGAUGAGCAGAUGGCAUGAAUCUGGAUGGCCUUAAUCAUCACAGUUCUAUACUUCCUCAUACCACAUUCAGUAGCUCAAAGGAGACAACACAGACCAAUUGGGUUUCCCAGGGUUGGGGAGAUUUAAGGCGGGAAACAGUAGAUAGCCAAGGGGGUGUUAAAUGACUCUAAGACCAUUACAAACAUGUUACCAAACUAAUGAUCCUUACUGAGAUUCUAACCCAGAAAGGCAAGUGGGGUCCUGGUGGUGAUGGUGUAAGUUGGGAGAAAAUUUAAAUAAUCAUUGCAGCAUUAUUUACUAUAGAAAAAAAUAGUCAGCAGUAGGAGAAUAGUUAAGCAAAUUAUGAUAGACUAUUACAGGGCUAUUAAAAAUGGGUGCUUUUAAAAGAGGCACUUCUGGGGAGCUGGCUACAUGGAUGUAUGUGUUCAAUUUAUGAAAAUCCUUAGAACUCUACACUUAAGAUAUGUUAUGUAGUAUGUUAUACUUCUGUAUAUGUAUGUUAUCUGUAGUAUGUUAUACUUCAAUAAUGUUUUUAAGUGAGUGGUUUUAAUGAUUAUGGAAAUGCUUAGGAGAGAAUGUUCA